CUUCAACAUAAUCUUUGACUCAAAACUUCCUUUGCACUCCAAUGUCUGGCUUGCAAUCUUUUCCUGGAAAGGUCCAAUUGACAAUGUCCGAUUUAUCAAAUAUCUCUUCUGGCUCAUUCAGCGAUCUAAAUCUAAGCAGUGAUGAUUCUCCAUUUGAAAUCAGUCAUCUCUCAUCUUCCUCUACUCCCCUGUCAAAAAUAAGACUUCCAAAGGUCUUGGGAAAGCUAAAGAAUUUGAAGUUGGAUCACUCAGACAUGGAUGCUGACACCUUAGUGUCGGAUUAUGCAAGAGGGAGUAGAGGGUCUGCAUCAACACUGAAUCUCAGGCCGGUUAAUUCACUCUCACAUACCUCCACAUCCCCAAUUCUGAGAACUGCUGCAAGCUGCACCAGAAAAUACUCUCAUGAGGAAGCUCUACCUCCAUCUAUGGAGUUGAAUAACUCUCGAGCUGGACAUCUUCCACUGCCGUCUAUCAUUCUCACCCAUCCCAGUGACGACAAGCUUAAUUUUAAAGAAUACAAUGAUCUAUUUACUGAGCCACAGCAUAUAGUGAAGCUUACGACAGUUAUUGGAUCGAUUUGCUCCUGCUUGCGCCAUGUUUCCUCUUGUGAAACAAUGUCAAAUUCAAACUCCUCUCCUACUUCAAUUGCUUUGCUUGGCUCCACGCCAAAGGUACCAGUUGAACCCAAUUGUGCAUCUGCUGUUGGUACUACUUCAGUAUCAUCUUUCAAUGCAUUGCCAUCUAGGAAGGAGCUGCAGCAAGCACUUGAAAUUGAGGCAGAAGACAAAUGGGAGACUAUGUCAGUAAAGUCAACGAGGUUUAUGCAAGCUUUUAACAUUACACAUUGCUCUCUGAUUUCUCCAGAGCCAACACAAGAUAUGAUGAAAUGGAAGAAUUCCAGGAUGAUAGUGUCAUGCAAGCCUCCAUCUAUUCCACUUCCUCCCACCCUGUCAACGAAUGACAUAUUUUUGCUUUCAACACCGGAUUUGCGACAGCACACACAUACCAUUACUCCUAAUCACUCCUCCUUACCCCUGGAACACUCUUCUACCAAUAGCUCUUCAAGAAUUGAGUUCUCAGACGGAUGCUGCUGCAUCUCAUUGCCCCCUUUUCCCCCACUUGAAACACUUUGCCAUUCAAAAACACUGCAAUGUGAUAUUGAUACUGCUUCAACUGAAGAGCUCCGCAAGGCUCUCCAGUAUUGCAAUCAGAAAGUCAAAGAACUCUCUGUUUAUCUACUCCAGGUGGUAGAAAUACAUGCCAUUGAGAAGGGAGCACGGGAGGGAAAUGGGGAUGAGCUAGAAAGAGAACAUAUGGAACUACCAUGGCUAGUGGAAACUACCCCCAUGCAUGGUGAACCGAACAAUAAAAGCAUCUUCCCCAUCUAGCUCUUCCUUGGAAAGGGAACAAAGUGAUCACUCACUUAUGCAAUGCAGCGUACCUGCUCCUUCAUUCUUGAUACUGAACAUUAACUAGCUUUCCUCAGAGUAGUGUUGCCGGAAGGGGGACUCAAGGUGCAAAUUUUGGAACUCUUCUAUCUACGGAGAUCAAAGUCGAGGGUUUUCCAUGGGAUGUAAAUAUUUUGUGACAGUGUGAUGUCUCACAAGUGUGACUAUAUGCAUAUAUAUGUCCGUAGUAAAUAAUGUGUAUGUUCACACAAACCUCUUCAACCAUCUUGCUUAUAAUGGGACACCCCAGCUCACGGCGCACAGAGGGUGUGCCAUAUUUUUGCUCCCAAGCAAAGUGUGAAGUCUACAACAGUGGGUGCCUAGUUAUACCGUCCAUUUGCGUAUGAUCGUCGA